GUCUUGUUCUUCUAUAAACAUGGCCAGCUUGGCUGAUGUCGGUUGGAAGCUACUGGAGUUCAAAGCUAGAACAAAACGUUCAGCUUUGUAGUUUAUCUGAAAGACGAUUGCCCUAAACAGCGCCUUUUGAAAAUGGCCAACUCCGCAUAUGAGUGUCCCAGCGUCCGUCACAAACUUCAGAGGCCUGGUUCCAUCUAUGAGCCUCUCAAGCUCUCGAACCUUCCUCGAGAGGAUGAGCCUCUGUGGGAGAAGUUGGACCGGUACUAUAGCACAGUAAAAUGCACCAUCCUGAACUUCCAGAGCCCCACCACCGGCCUGUUCCCCGUGAAGACAUGCCCCGACUGCAAGGAGGCCAAGGUCAGGGACUCGCUGUACUGUGCCGCCAGUGCCUGGUGCCUCGCCAUGGCCUACAGGCGCCUCGACGACGACAUGGGCCGCACUCACGAGCUGGAGCACUCGGCCAUCAAGUGUAUGCGGGGCAUCCUGUACUGCUACAUGCGCCAGUCAGCCAAGGUGGAACAGUUCAAACAGGACCCAAGUCCAUCCAAAUGCCUGCAUUCGAUCUUCAAUGUGCACACGGGCGAUGAAGUUUUGUCCUACAACAGCUACAGCCAUCUUCAGAUUGAUGCAGUCUCCCUCUUCCUGCUCUAUCUGGUGGAGAUGAUCUGCUCCGGCCUCCAGAUCAUCUACAACACAGAUGAGGUGUCUUUCAUCCAGAACCUGGUCUUCUGCGUCGAGAGGGCCUACAGGGUCCCCGAUUUCGGCAUGUGGGAGCGCGGCAGCAAGUACAACAAUGGGAGCACAGAGCUUCACUCCAGCUCUGUGGGGCUCGCCAAAGCAGCCUUGGAGGCCAUCAACGGGUUCAACCUGUUUGGGAAUCAGGGAUGCUCCUGGUCGGUGAUCUUUGUGGACCUGGAUGCCCACAACCGGAACCGGCAGACACUCAGCUCCCUGCUGCCGAGAGAGUCCAGAUCACAUAACACGGACGCGGCCCUGCUGCCCUGCAUCAGCUACCCGGCCUUCGCCGUGGACGACGACGCCCUCUACAGUCAGACUCUGGACAAGAUAGUGCGCAAGCUCAAGGGGAGGUAUGGGUUCAAGCGAUUCCUGCGUGACGGCUACCGCACCGCCAACGAAGACAAGAACCGGCGGUACUACAAACCCGCGGAGAUGAAGCUCUUUGAUGGCAUCGAAUGUGAAUUUCCAAUAUUUUACAUCUACAUGAUGAUCGAUGGUGUAUUCCGGGGGAAUUCUGGCCAAGUGAAGGAGUAUCGGGAAUUGCUGGAGGCGGUUGUUUUCCAGACUUAUGAAGCAGGGCACACCGUCAUUCCCAAGUACUACUAUGUCCCGGCGGAUUUUGUGGAGGCGGAACAAAAGAAGCACGGGAGCCAGAAGCGAUUCCCCAGCAAUUCGGGCCGCGACGGGCAGCUCUUCCUCUGGGGACAGGCCCUCUACAACAUCGCCAUGCUGCUGGUCGAUGGCUUAAUUAGUCCCAAGGACAUCGAUCCCAUCCACCGUUACGUGCCGCCCCAAGAGCAGAGGAAUGUCAGCAUGAGAUAUUCCAAUCAGGGUCCCAUAGAAAACGACGUGGUCAUCCACGUAGCCGUGAUCGCCGAAAGCCAGAGACUGCAGGUGUUCCUCAACACGUACGGCAUCCAGACCCAAACCCCCCAGCAGGUGGAGCCCAUCCAGAUCUGGCCGCAGAAGGAGCUGGUGAAGGCCUACCGAUUCCUGGCCGUCAAUGAGAAGCUGGGCCUGAGCGGCCGGCCCGAACGGCCCGUGGGGUGCAUCGGGACCUGCAAGAUCUACCGGAUCCUGGGGAAGACCGUGGUGUGCUACCCCAUCGUCUUCGACCUCAGCGACUUCUACCUGUCCCAGGAUGUCAUGCUGCUCAUUGAUGACAUCAAGAACGCCCUGCAGUUUAUCAAGCACUGCUGGAAGAUGCCAGGCAGACCCCUGUUCCUGGUGCUUAUCAGGGAAGACAACAUCAAGGGGAGCCGUUUUAACCCUGUCCUGGACAUGCUUGCAUCCUUCAAGAAGGGAAACAUUGGUGGAGUGAAAGUGCACGUUGACAGAUUGCAGACGCUGAUAUCAGGAGCAGUUGUGGAACAGCUUGACUUCCUGCGCAUAAACGAGGCUGAUAAAAUUCCCGAGUUCAAGAGCUUUGAAGAGCUGGAGCUGCCCAAGGACUCCAAAGUGAAGAGGCAGAUGAGCACGCCCAACGUGUCUGAGUUGGAGCAGCAGCCCGAGAUCUGUGUCCACGAGUGGGCCAAAAAGCCCACCUUCGAGGUUCUGCAGAAGUUCCAUGACUGUGACUGCCUGGCUAGUCAAGCACAGCUUGCCAGCAUCCUGCUGAAGAAAGAGGGCCCUGACUUCUUCGCCAAAGACAAGAACCUGACGGACGAGCUCGAGAGGAUCUACAGGAGAGCCGGCAGCCGCAAACUUUGGUCUGUUGUGCGACUAGCUGCCAGUCUGUUAUCUAAACUAGUGGACAGCCUCGCUCCAUCUAUAACUAGUGUUUUAGUGCAUGGCAAACAGGUGACCCUGGGCAUCUUCGGGCACGAGGAGGAGGUGAUCUCCAAUCCGCUGUCUCCUGAGGUCAUCAAGGACAUCAUCUACAGCAAGUGCAGUCCACACGGAGAGCGCGAGGCUGUGCUGCAGCAGGAACUCGUCAUCCAUAUCGGCUGGAUCAUCUCCAACACCCCCGAACUCUUCAGCGGGAUGCUCAAAAUCAGAAUCGGUUGGAUCAUCCAAGCCAUGAAGCACGAGCUGGAGAUCAGAGGGGGAGAUCUGCCUCCUAAGGACGUCUAUCAGCUCUCUCCUAGUGAUGUCAAACAGCUGCUCUUGGACGUUCUGCAGCAGCACCAGACUGGACGCUCCUGGUUGAACAGGCGUCAGAUUGACGGUUCGCUGAAUCGGACGCCUCUCGGGUUCUAUGACCGAGUGUGGCAGAUUCUGGAGAGAACGCCCAACGGCAUUGUGGUCGGUGGGCAACAUCUCCCACAGCAACCGACCCUUUCUGACAUGACGAUGUAUGAGAUGAACUUCUCUCUCCUGGUGGAGGACAUUCUGAAGAACAUUGUGCUGCCGGAAUACAGACAGAUCAUCGUAGAGUUGCUUAUGGUCGUCUCCAUUGUCCUGGAACGGAAUCCUGAGCUGGAAUUCCAUGAGAAAGUAGACCUGGACAGGCUGGUGAAGGACGCCUUCAGUGACUUCCAGAGAGACAGGAGCCGACUGGAGGGUGCAGAGAAGCAGGAUAGCAUGGAGGCCUUCUACAACACCCCCCCACUGGGAAAAGGGGGGACGUCCAGCUACCUGACCAAGGCCGUCAUGAUCCAACUCCUGCAGGGUGAGGUGAAGCCCAGCAAAGAUGACCCCUGCUCCGUCAGCUAAGAAGAUACCGCAGUCUGCAGGCAUCGUCAUCUCUAAGGUUUUCUCUGUCACCACCAGCAUAACUGUGUUAACUUAGAAAACAGCUAAUAUUUUAACUGAAGCCCUGUGCAAAUCACAGAACAUCGCUUCUGAUGUCAUGAACUGAACUCUAAAUGGAAAAAUUCUUGGUUUAACGACUAGGAUGAACAGCAGUCUUUCACCUCAACUCAGCUGUAGGUCAUAGACAAGGUACAUAUGUGUAAGCUAGACCUCUUAGCGGGAUUGGUGGCAAUCCUGUGGAGACCUUUCGCAUAGCACAAUCCAAGCAUGUAUGGGUGUGUGUGCAGUGGGUCCAGCCACUGGAAGCUCCAGAUACAGGCGAUCAACCUAUAGUGUUUUUAAAUUGCAGUGCAAGUCAAAAUAUGGAAUGGUCCAUCAACCUGAUGAUUUAGCUAGCUCAAAGGUGACAAGGAGCUUUUCUUCUGAAAUCAGGUUGACUGUCAUUUUAGUGUUUGUUGUUUAGUGUGAUGUAAAUGUUGGUUUAAUCUGUUAAUUGUCUGGUUUUUUUUAUAUAGCAUGUUAUCCCUGGAUCAUAGUUAUAUUUAAGUCUUUUCCUGUGUUAGUUCUCCGCCCUACUUGUGUGGGCUCACUCUUCCUCAAUAAACGUUUGCUGAUCUUC